AUGGACUACUGGGGCCAAGGGACUCUGGUCACCGUCUCCUCAGAGAGCGCAGCUGCCCCCAUUGUCUUCCCCCUCGUCUCCUGUGAGAACUCCCUGUCCGAGGAGCGCCUGGUGGCCAUGGGCUGCCUGGCCAAGGACUUCCUGCCCAACUCCGUCACCUUCUCCUGGAGCUUUAAGAACACCAGCACCAUCAGCACCGUCCAGAACUUCCCGUCGCUCCUGAGGGAGGGCAAGUACGAGGCUAGCUCACAGGUUCUCCUGCCCACGGCCGACAUCCUCCAGGGCACGGAUGAGUUCGUGACAUGCAAGGUCAAACACCCCAAUGGUGAAAAAGUAUUGCAAGUGCCCCUCCAAGUUAGUGUAGAGCAGCCCCCCCACGUGAACGUCUUCAUCCCGCCCCGUGACUCCUUCACUGGCCCCGGCUCCCGCACAUCCACGCUCAUCUGCCAGGCCACGGGCUUCAGCCCCAAGAAGAUCGCCGUGUCCUGGCUGAAGGAGGGGAAGCUGCUGACCUCUGGCUUCGUCACGGACAAACCAGAGGUCGAGCGCAGAGCCCGUCCCGUGACCUACAGGGUCACCAGCACGCUGACUGUCACCGAGAGCGACUGGCUGAGCCAGAGCGUGUUCACCUGCCAGGUGGAGCACCAGGCGCUCACCUUCCAGAAGAACGUGUCCUCCAUGUGCGGCCCCAGUACAUCCACCAUCCGUGUCUUCACCAUCCCCCCGACCUUCGCCAGCAUCUUCCUUACCAAGGAGGCCACGCUGUCAUGCCUGGUAACGGACCUGGCCACCUAUGACAGCCUGCACAUCUCCUGGACCCGCCAGAACGGCGAGGAUGUGAAAACCCACACCAACAUCUCUGAGAGCCACCCCAACGCCACCUUCAGUGCCACAGGAAAGGCCACGGUGUGCGUGGAUGACUGGGAGAGGGGCGAGGAGUUCACCUGCACGGUGACCCACACGGACCUGCCCUCACCGCUGAAGCACACCAUCUUCAGGCCCAAGGAUGUCAAAAAGCACAUACCCGCGGUGUACGUGCAGCCACCCAGCCGGGAGCAGCUGAGCCUGCGGGAGUCGGCCUCGGUCACCUGCCUGGUGAAGGGCUUCUCGCCCCCAGACGUGUUUGUGCAGUGGCUGCAGAGAGGGCAGCCCGUGUCCUCCGACAUGUAUGUGACCAGCGCCCCAGUGCCCGAGCCCCAGGCCCCCGGCUUGUACUUCGUCCACAGUGUCCUGACCGUGAGCGAGGAGGACUGGAGUGCCGGGGAGACUUACACCUGCGUCGUGGCCCACGAGGCCCUGCCCUACUCGGUGACUGAGAGGACCGUGGACAAGUCCACCGUGGGGGAGGUGAGCGCCGAGGAGGAGGGCUUCGAGAACCUCAACACCAUGGCCUCCACCUUCAUUGUCUUGUUCCUGCUCAGCCUCUUCUACAGCACAACCGUCACCCUGUUCAAGGUGAAGUGA